CUCUUAUGUAAGGACCUAAAAGGGAAAUAAAAUAUACAGGAUGAAAAGAUGGCAAUGUUGCCUCCCCCAGGACCACAGAGCUUUGUCCACUUCACAAAACAGUCUCUUACCCUCAUUGAACAACGCAUUGCUGAAGGAAAAGCAAAGGAUCCCAAAGAAGAAAAGAAGGAUGAUGAGGAAGAUAGCCCAAAGCCAAGCAGUGACUUGGAAGCUGGCAAACCACUGCCCUUCAUCUAUGGAGACAUUCCUCCAGGCAUGGUGUCGGAGCCGCUGGAGGACCUGGACCCAUACUAUGCAGACAAGAAAACUUUCAUAGUAUUGAACAAAGGAAAAGUAAUCUUCCGUUUCAAUGCCACACCUGCUUUGUACAUUUUAUCUCCUUUCAGUCCUCUAAGAAGAAUAUCCAUUAAGAUUUUAGUACACUCCUUAUUCAACAUGCUUAUCAUGUGCACUAUUCUGACAAACUGCAUAUUUAUGACCAUGAGUAACCCUCCUGAUUGGACCAAGAAUGUCGAGUACACUUUUACUGGAAUAUAUACUUUUGAAUCACUUAUAAAAAUCCUUGCAAGAGGCUUCUGUGUGGGAGAAUUCACCUUCCUUCGUGACCCAUGGAACUGGCUCGAUUUUAUCGUCAUUGUUUUUGCGUAUUUAACAGAAUUUGUAAACCUAGGCAAUGUUUCAGCUCUUCGAACUUUCAGAGUAUUGAGAGCUUUGAAAACUAUUUCUGUAAUUCCAGGCCUGAAAACGAUUGUAGGGGCCCUGAUCCAGUCGGUGAAGAAGCUCUCUGAUGUCAUGAUCCUGACUGUAUUCUGUCUCAGUGUGUUUGCUCUUAUUGGGCUGCAGCUCUUCAUGGGUAACCUGCGACAUAAAUGUGUGCGACAUCCACUAGAAGAUAAUUUAACUUUGGAAAACCUACUGGAUACCUUGGAAAGUGAAGAAGACUAUAGAAAAUAUUUUUAUUACUUGGAAGGAUCCAAAGAUGCUCUCCUUUGUGGUUUCAGUGGAGAUUCAGGUCAGUGUCCAGAAGGGUACAAAUGUGAUAAAAUUGGCAGAAACCCCGAUUAUGGAUACACAAGCUUUGACACUUUCAGUUGGGCCUUUUUAGCCUUGUUUCGUUUAAUGACCCAGGACUACUGGGAAAACCUUUACCAACAGACACUGCGCGCUGCUGGGAAAACCUACAUGAUCUUCUUUGUUGUGGUGAUUUUCCUGGGUUCCUUUUACCUCAUAAACUUGAUCCUGGCUGUGGUUGCUAUGGCUUAUGAGGAACAGAACCAGGCAAACAUUGAAGAAGCUAGGCAGAAAGAGUUGGAAUUUCAACAGAUGUUAGACCGACUUAAAAAAGAGCAAGAAGAAGCUGAGGCAAUAGCAGCAGCAGCAGCUGAAUAUACAAGUAUUGGUAGAAGCAGAAUUAUGGGCCUCUCAGAGAGUUCUUCUGAAACAUCCAAACUGAGUUCUAAGAGUGCUAAAGAACGAAGAAACAGGAGAAAGAAAAAGAAUCAAAAGAAGCUUUCCCAUGGGGAAGAAAAGGGAGAUGAUGAAAAACUAUCUAAAUCUGAAUCUGAAGAAAGUAUCAGGAGAAAAAGCUUACACCUUGCUGUUGAAGGGCCUAGACGAGCACGUGCAAAGAGAUUGUCUACCCCCAAUCAGUCACCACUCAGCAUGCGUGGCUCCUUAUUUUUUGGAAGGCGCAGCAGCAGAACAAGUCUUUUUAGUUUCAAGGGUCGAGGAAAAGAUAUAGGAUCUGAGACUGAUUUUGCUGAUGAUGAGCACAGCAUUUUCGGAGACAAUGAAAGCAGAAGGGGCUCCCUGUUCGUGCCCUACAGACCAAGGGAGCGGCGCAGCAGUAACAUCAGUCAAGCCAGUAGGUCCCCCCCAAUGCUGCCGGUGAAUGGGAAGAUGCACAGUGCCGUGGACUGCAAUGGUGUGGUCUCCCUGGUUGAUGGACCCUCAGCCCUCAUGCUCCCCAAUGGACAGCUUCUGCCAGAGGUUACAACCAAUCAAAUACACAAGAAAAGACGGUCCAGUUCUUAUCUCCUUUCUGAGGAUAUGUUGAAUGAUCCCAAUCUCAGACAAAGAGCAAUGAGUAGAGCCAGUGUAUUAACAAACACUGUGGAAGAACUUGAAGAAUCCAGACAAAAAUGCCCACCUUGGUGGUACAGAUUUGCACACACUUUCUUGAUCUGGAAUUGUUCUCCUUAUUGGAUAAAAUUUAAAAAGUUGAUCCAUUUUAUUGUAAUGGAUCCUUUCGUAGAUCUUGCUAUCACCAUAUGCAUAGUUUUGAAUACAUUAUUUAUGGCUAUGGAGCAUCACCCAAUGACUGAUGAAUUCAAAAACGUGCUCACUGUGGGAAAUUUAGUCUUUACUGGGAUCUUUGCAGCUGAAAUGGUUUUAAAACUAAUUGCCAUGGAUCCAUAUGAGUAUUUCCAAGUAGGCUGGAAUAUAUUUGACAGCCUUAUCGUGACUUUAAGUUUAGUGGAGCUUUUUCUAACAGAUGUGGAAGGAUUGUCAGUUCUGCGAUCAUUCAGAUUGCUCCGUGUUUUCAAGUUAGCAAAAUCCUGGCCAACAUUGAACAUGCUGAUAAAGAUAAUUGGUAACUCAGUGGGGGCUCUGGGUAACCUCACUUUGGUGCUGGCCAUCAUCGUCUUCAUUUUUGCUGUGGUUGGUAUGCAGCUCUUUGGUAAAAGCUAUAAAGAUUGUGUCUGCAAGAUCUCCAGCGACUGUGAACUCCCGCGUUGGCACAUGAGUGACUUCUUCCACUCCUUCCUGAUUGUGUUCCGCGUGCUGUGUGGAGAGUGGAUAGAGACCAUGUGGGACUGUAUGGAGGUUGCUGGCCAAGCCAUGUGCCUUAUUGUUUACAUGAUGGUGAUGGUGAUUGGAAACCUAGUGGUCCUGAACCUAUUUCUGGCUUUAUUAUUGAGUUCAUUUAGCUCAGACAAUCUUACAGCAAUUGAGGAAGACACAGAUGCAAACAACCUCCAGAUUGCAGUGGCCAGGAUUAAGAAGGGGAUAAAUUAUGUGAAACAAACUUUACAUGAGUUUAUUCUAAAAGCAUUUUCCAAAAAGCCUAAGAUUUCCAGCGAUGUAAGACAAACAGAAGAUCUAAAUGGUAAAAAGGAAAACUAUAUUUCUACCCGCACAAUUGCUGAAAUGAGCAAAGAUCUCAAUUUCCACAAAGAAAAAGAUAAAGCCAGUGGUUUUGGAAGCAGCAUGGACAAAUACCUCAUGGAAGAAAGUGACUGUCAAUCAUUUAUUCAUAACCCCAGCCUCACAGUGACGGUGCCAAUUGCACCUGGGGAAUCUGAUUUGGAAAAUAUGAAUACCGAAGAACUUAGCAGUGAUUCAGAGAGUGAAUACAGCAAAGGGAGAUUGAACCAAUCAAGUUCUUCUGAGUGCAGCACAGUUGAUAACCCUGUGCCAGGAGAAGGAGAAGAAGCAGAGGCUGAACCCAUAAAUUCAGAUGAACCAGAAGCCUGUUUCACAGACGGUUGUGUACGGAGGUUCCCAUGCUGCCAAGUUAACAUAGAGUCAGGGAAAGGAAAAAUCUGGUGGAACAUAAGAAAAACAUGUUACAAGAUAGUUGAACACAAUUGGUUUGAAAGCUUUAUUGUUCUCAUGAUCCUGCUCAGCAGUGGUGCUCUGGCUUUUGAAGAUAUAUAUAUUGAAAAGAAAAAGACCAUUAAGAUUAUUCUGGAGUAUGCUGACAAGAUAUUCACUUAUGUCUUCAUUCUGGAAAUGCUUCUAAAAUGGGUAGCAUACGGUUACAAAACUUAUUUCACCAAUGCCUGGUGUUGGCUGGAUUUUUUAAUUGUUGAUGUUUCUUUGGUUACUUUAGUAGCAAGCACUCUUGGCUACUCAGAUCUUGGCCCCAUUAAAUCCCUCCGGACACUAAGAGCCUUAAGACCUCUAAGAGCCUUAUCCAGAUUUGAAGGAAUGAGGGUGGUUGUGAAUGCACUCAUAGGAGCAAUUCCUUCCAUCAUGAAUGUGCUACUUGUAUGUCUUAUAUUCUGGCUAAUAUUUAGCAUCAUGGGAGUGAAUUUGUUUGCUGGCAAGUUCUAUGAGUGUGUUAAUACUACAGAUGGGUCACGGAUUCCCUCAAGUGAAGUCGAAAAUCGUUCCGAGUGUUUUGCCCUUAUGAAUGUUAGUCAAAAUGUGCGAUGGAAAAACCUGAAAGUGAAUUUUGAUAAUGUCGGACUUGGUUACCUGUCUCUGCUUCAAGUUGCAACAUUUAAAGGAUGGAUGGAUAUCAUGUACGCAGCUGUUGAUUCUGUUAAUGUAGACAAGCAGCCCAAGUAUGAAUACAGCCUCUACAUGUAUAUGUAUUUUGUCAUCUUUAUCAUCUUUGGAUCAUUCUUCACUUUGAACCUGUUCAUUGGUGUCAUCAUUGAUAAUUUCAACCAACAGAAAAAGAAGCUUGGAGGUCAAGACAUCUUUAUGACAGAAGAACAGAAGAAAUAUUAUAAUGCAAUGAAAAAGCUGGGAUCCAAGAAACCACAAAAGCCAAUUCCCCGGCCAGGGAACAUAUUCCAAGGAUGUAUUUUUGACCUAGUAACAAACCAAGCUUUCGAUAUUACCAUCAUGGUUCUUAUUUGCCUUAACAUGGUAACGAUGAUGGUAGAAAAAGAAGGCCAGAGUAAAUACAUGACUGACGUUUUACAAUGGAUAAAUGUGGUUUUUAUUAUACUUUUCACUGGAGAAUGUGUGCUGAAACUGAUCUCUCUCAGACACUACUACUUCACUGUAGGAUGGAACAUUUUUGAUUUUGUGGUUGUGAUUCUCUCCAUUGUAGGAAUGUUUCUGGCUGAAUUAAUAGAAAAGUAUUUUGUGUCCCCUACCCUGUUCCGAGUGAUCCGACUCGCCAGGAUUGGCCGAAUCCUGCGUCUGAUCAAAGGAGCGAAGGGGAUCCGCACCUUGCUGUUCGCUUUGAUGAUGUCCCUCCCAGCAUUGUUCAACAUCGGCCUCCUGCUCUUCCUGGUCAUGUUCAUCUACGCCAUCUUUGGAAUGUCCAACUUUGCCUAUGUUAAAAAGGAAGCAGGUAUUAAUGACAUGUUCAACUUUGAGACCUUUGGCAACAGCAUGAUCUGCCUGUUCCAAAUUACCACCUCUGCUGGCUGGGAUGGACUGUUGGCACCUAUUCUCAACAGCGCACCACCAGACUGUGAUCCAAAGAAAGUUCAUCCUGGAAGUCCAGUUGAGGGAGACUGUGGCAGCCCAUCUGUAGGAAUAUUCUAUUUUGUCAGCUACAUCAUCAUAUCAUUCCUGGUUGUGGUGAACAUGUACAUUGCUGUCAUCCUGGAGAACUUCAGUGUUGCUACUGAAGAAAGUACUGAGCCCCUGAGUGAGGAUGACUUUGAGAUGUUUUAUGAGGUUUGGGAGAAAUUUGAUCCCGAUGCGACCCAGUUUAUAGAAUAUAGCAAACUCUCUGAUUUUGCAGCUGCCCUGGAUCCUCCUCUUCUCAUAGCGAAACCAAACAAAGUCCAGCUCAUUGCCAUGGAUCUGCCCAUGGUCAGUGGUGACCGGAUCCAUUGUCUUGACAUCUUAUUUGCUUUUACAAAGCGUGUUUUGGGUGAAGGCGGAGAGAUGGAUUCUCUUCGUUCACAAAUGGAAGAAAGGUUCAUGUCUGCGAAUCCUUCUAAAGUGUCCUAUGAACCCAUCACAACUACACUGAAACGAAAACAAGAGGAUGUAUCAGCUGCUGUCAUUCAGCGUGCUUAUAGACGCUACCGUUUACGGCAACAUGUUAAAAAUAUAUCAAGUAUAUAUAUAAAAGAUGGAGACAGAGAUGAUGAUUUUCCCAAUAAAGAAGAUAUGAUUUUUGAUAAUGUUAAUGAAAGCUCAAGCCCAGGAAAAACAAAUGAGACCCCAUCUACUGUCUCUCCACCUUCAUAUGAUAGUGUAACAAAGCCAGACAAAGAGAAAUAUGAAAAAGACAAAACAGAAAAAGAAGACCAAGGGAAAGAUGGCAAAGAAAGCAAAAAAUAAGGCUUCAUUGUUGAUAUAUUAUUAGUAUAGAUCAGCCAAUGAAGGUGAUCUAUUUGUGUUAAUAAGACUCUUUGAAGGAGGUCUAUGCCAAAUUCUUUUCACCAAAAUAUUCUCAAAGUCAAAGCAGUUACUAGCUCUGAUUCCUUAAGAUUGGUGGACAGCAUUGACAGAUGGCUAUUUUUGCAUUGGUAAGUGAUACUGUGAGAACUGUAACAGUUACUCUUUAUGGACUGAUUACAGCAAACAAGUGAUUUUUUUUUUUUUUUUUUUUUGGCUUUUAAUAAAUCAGAAGACAAUGUAGAAAAUUUUCACAUCUGCCUUGUCAUCUUUUCAUAUGUUGAAUCAUUUUUUUUCCAAUGUAAAUACAAACAUCCACACAUACA